UUGAUACUUUGUUUUGAACAAGGCAGUGAUAUUAUAUUUCUUGAUCCUCUACUUGAUGUCGCCCAUAUUUCUCACUGUUUUCACUGUUUUUGAAAUAAGCAGCUGACUGCACAAGGUACCUCCGAAAGAAUUUUUUGUUUGAUAGAAGUUCAGUUUCUCACUUUACAUCUUAUCUAUAUAUAUUUCUUUCCUGUUCAGUGAGAAUGAAAAACCUGGUAUUAUGGCAGCCACCUGGACUGACAAAAUCCUCAUGAUGUUGAUUGGCAAUCGAACUACAAAAAUUAGACACUUUUUUGGGUAAAUUAUAACCAAAAAUACUGUAUAGCUUUUGAAAUCCUUGUCGAACAAGUCAUUUACUUGCAAAAGCUGUAUCUUCACUUGUAAACUCCUCGCUCUCGCUAUCGUAACCAUGUUGACAGACACCAGGUCGUAUAGAGAAUUUAAGACGGAAUCCACCAGGACAUCGAGUAAUUUUGAAUGUAAAAAAGAAUGCAUUAUUCUUUAAAUUAUUCUGGUACAAAUUCCCCACCCCACCCAGGCAAGGGUCAAAUUCCCCACCCAGGAGAGGGGGUGGUGAAGUUUUAAAAUGACCGGCCAGUAGGGAGAGGAGAGUUUGCUUCUCCCUUACCCUAUUCUUUUCUUUAAUUUUUGCUUCUCUUUCCCCUCCUUUCCCUCCAGAAUAAUGCGUGACAUUUAGGCUAGGUGCUUACAGGCAGUGAGUGUUUACUGAGGCCAUGUCCAAAUAUAGUGUUUUGUUUUUGACCAACCCAUGUCUUUUGAAAAAUGAAUAAUUUCCUUUAAUUUAUCCAAUGGAACAACAUCCUUACCCCGUGAGGUGAUAAUAAUUGGGCUGCCUGUGGCAAAGCCCAAUCUAAAAAUGGCUCCAUUGUGUAUGUUGCAAAAAGGCAAUGGCAGUCAGCUGAUCACAUGUCUCAUCCCCUCUGGCCCCUACAUGAUUGGGGCCCGAUCUUGUGAAUGUUAGGAUGAGGGGUGGGUCAUUUAAGAUAAAAAAUUCUGGGAAGCAGACUUGAAACAAAAACAAUAAUUCAUGCAUUGUGUUAUCAGUCCUAUGUUUACACUUAAAAAUUCAGAAAAAAACUUAUCAUGGCUAGUAAGCCUGUAAAAACAUAUUGCCUAAAGAUGCCGUUCCGCUGAAAAAUUUAACUUGUAAUUGAAUUAAAAAGACAACAGCGGCACUGGUAGUAUUAAUUUUAUAAUUCAUUUUUAAACAACUAAUGCGGAUAACAUGUAGAUCUUAAAAGAUGGCGCUUUGACUGCUAUGUCAACGAUAACAAAAAAAACCUUAAUAAUUUAACUGCAGAGAAAUUUCGCAGAAUGCCAAAUAUCCGCUGAAUGUCCUCUUACUCUAAAGUUUAGUGGUUAUGGCUCAUUGAAUCAAGUUCCAUUUUAAUCAGUGAUCGUGAUUAAUUACAAAAGUAAUGUGACCUUAGUGAAAUUAUACCAAUUUUUUAGAUUCAGUUCUCAGGCCUAAUAGCAUUUAGUUUAGGGCCAGUGAAAAACAGAAACAGUUGGAGAACAAAGGCUGUUCUUUUGAUUUUUCUCUCUUGACAUGAUUUACCUCAUGUUUUGGCACAGAACCUGUCAAAGUUGCAGUUUGCAUUCAUGCAAAUUUUUUUUAUCAUGUUAGUCUUAAAUAAUUAGCACCCCCUUCAAAUAAACGCCCUCUUUUAGGCUGAAAAUAUCAAAUAAGCCAGAGGCACCCAACGACUGUUUUCUGUAAAAAUAUCUGUUUGGAGAAGUAAAAAUUGCCUAGAAUUUUCUAUAUCUUGAGGAAGGCUAAAAAUUUCUUGGUGACCGUUCCAUUCAUGUACAAUUUUCAAAGCUUAUCCAAUAAAUUCCCUACAAUCCUCUGAAGUUUAAUUGUUCACGUUUCACUUCCCAGGAUAAGCUAUUUUUCGAAGAAAAAGCAAAAAGAGGAAUCAGAAAAAAAUUCACUUUCGUAAAACUUUAAGUUGCAUCUAAAAUUUUCGGGAAAAUAGUACUGAAGCCUUGGUAAUUUGGAAAAGACUCAAGUUGCUAUAGGAUGACUGAACAGAUAUAAAUUUUAUAGCGCUGGUUAGAUUGUAUUUCUGAAGAUAAAAAAAGCACUGAUCUGGAUAGCCUAAAAGGUGAUUUCAAUGCAUUUAGGAGGAAACCGUUGUUGCAUGGGUGCCUCUGAUAAGCGCCCCAGUUAAAUGGCCCUUACUGAAUAUAUGGUGUACGGUAUAUUCAUCUUCAAUGAAUGUAACAUAACAUGUCCAAUACCAGAGAAUGACCCAUUUCAUGACAUCACAUGGUUGGUCAUGAAGGAUGGCCAGCUCCUUCGCAGAACGUAGUCAUGACAAAAUCUUCAAAGCCACACAGUACCGUCAAAUUUGGUUAUAUAGUGAACAAACGUUCUACUUUUUUAAUGUUACAGUUUCCCCAAUUGUUCUUUCAUUUGAAACCUGAGACAAAUGUAAUCUUGAGUCCCAUAUUCAGAAUAAUGAAUAAGCACCCC